AUGGAUCAGCAUGUGCUGAUUGAUAAAGAACUGGAAUACGAUUCACUGCCGUGUUGGUGCGAACAUUCGAAGCACAAACACACGCGUCAAUCUGUUUACCAGCUGGCAAAGAUCAAAGAAAACGGGUCUUUAAAAUUUAUCAAUUUGGACAAGUUCCGGAAAAUGCUGAAGUCAAACGAAUUCGUUGGACAACGUAAAGUAGCCAUAAUCAGUAUCGUGGGGACGUACCGAAGCGGCAAAUCGACACUUCUGAAUAUCUUGUCACGAUAUUUAGCAUGCAGUAGCACGACCACCAGAGACUGGUUGUACGACGACGCUUCGGUGAUACCGCGCUAUUGCCGGAAACGACUUUUUGAGACAUCGUCCGCUCAGUUUGUCUGCACUAAAGGCAUGUGGAUCACGGCACAUCCCUACCUGAUGCCUAAUGGGUUGGCGGUGUUCCUCGUUGAUAUUCAAGGGCUUUUUGAUAAUCAUCUCAACAGCAGCCAAACUGACUCGGAACUCUUCUACGCUUCUACUCUGCUUUCUUCCACAACGAAUCCACCAGUCCCUUGCACACAUCGCUAUCAGCAGUGA